AUCGGAACAUUAUAGAUGUGGGACGGCUGCGAUGGAAAGAUGGCGGUGGCUAUGAUACAAAUGUCAUGCAUGUACCGGGGGAUGAUAGCGGUCAGAGCAACCGGCAUUAGGACGCUGAUUCCCGGGCUGGUCCCGGUGCAGUUCCGGGCCUUUUCAGUGCGAAAGGAACCGGAACUGGAGGAGAACCCGUUUUACAACAAGUACCAGGACAAGAUCCAGAAGCUGCGCAGUGUCAAACCUCAGGAGUACAAGGCCCGAUUUGAGAACCGGCAUGAUUCCAAGAAAGAAGUCCUUGGACAAUCCAAGCAGGCGGAGUUUGUCCGACUCAUGGAGGAGGAGUUUGAGAAAAGAGACAAGAUGGCUGCUGGUGAUGGAGCAUCAGGAGGCUUCACUAAGAACAAGACGUUAGGUUCCAUCCUCAACCUGGAGAUGGUGAAGGAGAAGACGGGUGAGGAGAUUGCUGAGCUUUGGAUGAAAUAUUUUUCAACUAAAGACACGAUCAGCGCCGUCAUCCCGUCUCACAUCUAUGAGGUGAUUCUCAGCAGAUCAAAGUCCUGCUCCAUGUUUCUUUACGCUCUGCCUCAGAAGGAGGGUUAUGAGUUCUUCGUGGGUCAGUGGUCCAGACACGAGCUCCACUUCACCUCCCUCAUAAAUGUCCAGACGCUGGGUGAAAAUGCUCCCAGUCAGCUGAUCCUCUAUCAUUACCCCGACCUACAGCAGGAGAAGGGCGUUGUGCUGAUGACCGCGGAGAUGGACCCCAAGUUCAUAACUGUCCACCAGGCGCAGUGUUUGGCCAAUCAGGUGCAGCUGUUCUACGGCACGCAGAGGCAGGAGACGUACCGGCUGGUGGAGACGUUUAACCACGACCCGACAAACUUUAAACACAUGUCAGUGAUAGCUGAGCUGGAGCAGAGUGGGCUGGGUUCUCCGGCCGCUCCGGGGAGUUCCUGAGACAGACUGAAGGUGGUCGGGAACGUUUCAGACAGGCAUCGUUUUCAUUCGCCACCUUCAUGUGGACACACCUGCUUCUCCUGUGUGCAUCCAGAAUUUAGAAACAUGAACUGAAAGAAGCUCCAGCAGCUUCUCAUGAAGUGGGACGAUCAUCCAGUCAGUGUGGACGUUCUGUAUGUUGCUGCAUCUCCUGCUUCAGACCAGAUCACAGGGACUGUUAGCCCACUGUAUAAACUCCAAAAAACCAUAAAUUACACAGUUAAACUAUCUAAUACUAAAAUGUACCAGAUCAUAACACUGUACCACACUUUUGAUCUUCUCAUGUUGGAAAAAAACCUUUGUUUGGUUUAGCCAGGAGCCUUGCCUCACUGGCCCCGGAGCAGGAAUAUUAAACUCAUUUUAUUUCAGGGGCUACAUUCAGCACAAUUUGAUCUCAGCUGGACCGGACCAGCAAAAUUCAGUUCUGAUAACUAAUUAUUGCUCAUGUUAAACGUUAAACACGUGUUCUGUCAUUUUAAGCGCUGUUUUUGUAAGAGUGUGUAUACACACACACAUGUGUGAUCUACUUGGUCUUUAAAUGAACAGCUGGUGUCUCAGCUUUCAGAGUCUUUGGAUUGAAUUGUUGAAAAACCUGAACAUGCACAGCAGGAUUCCAGCUGCUGGCGUAUUUAACAAGGUAAUAAUCUGAUUAAGCUGUUUACAUGAGCUCCGUUUAGGAUACUUCAUUCCUGUUAACAUGUGAUGGAGCAGUCCCACUGUCACCCUGAACAAAGGAGGUUUAUCUGCAUAUUUUAAGUCUUUAUUUAAUCCAUAAAACAAGAAGCAUCAAUCUCA